GGGGGGGGGGAAAGCUGGGCACUAUUUAUGGAUGAUCCGUGACUCCUGUAUCUUCAAACAGCCACAUUGCACAAAGUAGGGGGAGUUAUAAUCCUGCUUCUGCAAAUUACCUCUCCAUCUCUCUCUCAGUAUAUAUAUAUAUAUAUACACACAUAUAUAUAUAUUGUUAUAUAUGCAUCUGUAUCCCACGUGUUUAAGCUCGGAUGCAACAGGAUCACUGGCCAGUGAGAGAGAACUGGCACAGAGAGAGAUUUUGAGGAUUAUAUUGGAACAGUGUGGAAUCCGCAACGAGAGAUGGCAAACGAACCGGUUAUUCUCAACGUAUACGACAUGUAUUGGAUUAAUGAGUACACAUCAACACUGGGAAUAGGAGUCUUUCAUUCUGGAAUUGAGAUCUAUGGACGAGAGUUUGCCUACGGUGGCCAUCCCUAUUCUUUCAGUGGAAUAUUUGAGAUCACCCCUGGAAAUGCAACUGAAUUGGGAGAAACCUUUAAAUUCAAGGAAUCGAUCGCCCUCGGCACAACGGACUUCACGGAAGACGAUGUGGACAAGAUCAUCGAAGAGCUGGGGAAGGAGUUCAAGGGCAAUGCCUACCACCUCAUGCAUAAGAACUGUAACCACUUCUCUUCAGCCCUGGCAGAGAUCCUGUGCGGCAAGGAGAUUCCUCGCUGGGUGAACCGCCUGGCUUACUUCAGCUCCUGUAUCCCGUUCCUCCAAAGCUGCCUGCCCAAGGAAUGGCUGACGCCCGCAGCCCUCCAGAACCACAUCAGCCAAGGUUUACAUAAAGACGAUCAGAGUGACACAGGAGAUGAGGAGUCUCCGUCCACUUCCGCCACGGCUUCAGGAACCACCAGGACCUGCAGACACACCAGAGUCUAACCGUGCCUCCAACCUGCAGCGGCUCUGGGU